GGGAGGACAGAGCGACGCAAGAAGGAAGCGGAGCAACGACGACGACGAUGACGACGAGAACACUGGUGCUGAUUGGAGGUGGCCACGCACACAUUCAGGUUCUGCCUGAGGUUCAUCGUUCCGAUACACUGGAUGUUGUGCUCAUCGCCAAUGCAGCUUCCGCGUAUUACAGUGGCAUGAUUCCUGGCCACGUGGCGGGGAUGUAUGAUGAUGACCAAUGUAAAGUGAGCCUCCCGGAGCUGUGCCGGCACUAUGGUUGGACAUUCAUCCAAGGCACGGUGUUUGACAUCAACGCAGAGGAGCGGAAGAUCAGCUACACCGACAGGAAUCAGGAAAGCAAGAGCAUCACGUAUGACUUUGCAUCAAUCGACGUCGGCUCAUGCACAAGGAAUCCCUUUCGGUCAGAUGUGAGCGCGUGUCGCCAUGUUGUCUUCACUCGGCCCAUCAGCGACCUCAACACGAAGAUCAGUACAGCACUCGCCAUGUUCAAGGUUCAGGACACGACACCGAAUAUCGUCGUCAUCGGCGCCGGUGCAGCUGGGGUCGAGCUCGCAUUUGCAGUCAACCGCCAAGCAAGGGAGACACUUGGGCAGCCGGCAAACGUCACACUCAUGUCCCGCUCAUCGCCAAUUCUUCGAAAUUACGCUCGAUCCACCAUCCGAAAGACCAUGGCCUCGCUGCACUCAAAACAUAUCAACGUGAAGGAGAACUGCGCGAUUGUCGAUUAUCGCGAGGAGGAGCACGUUGUCGUUGAUACCAACGGCAGCACACACCCGGCCGAUCUCCUGAUUGUGGCAACAGGCGCCGCCCCGCAUGCAUGGGUCACAGACACGUCACUGCCCAAGGACGAGCGUGGUUUCAUUCGCGUCGACACAACGUUGCAGGUCGUUGGUUACAACAAUCUGUUUGCAGUCGGCGACUGCAACUCGUUUGAUGCCUGGAAUGGCGAGUUUCCACCAAAGGCCGGCGUCUACGCUGUCAGAGAGGGCCCCAUUCUCGUGCACAACCUCAAGGCAGUGCUGAACAAGGAGACACAAAGGCUGAAGCGAUAUCAGCCCCAGUCGGAUUUUCUGUCGCUGCUCAUCACGGGCGAUGGCGCCGCUAUCGGAACAAAGUGGAACAUCACCAUGAAGGGCAGGUGGGUAUGGCGGCUUAAGGACCACAUUGACAGGACAUGGAUGGCGCAAUUCAAGUCGCUGUCCCACGACACACGUCAUCGUCACGAAGGACAGGAGCAGGAAGAUGAAGCCGCUCCGUUUCAGCCGGACAGCGACGCCGACGUCAACAUGGUAUCGUCUCUUGCCAACACCGCGGGCAAGAAGGGCAUGCGCUGGCCUUCCCUUCUCACUUCCGCCACCGUUGUUGUUGCAGCUGUUGCCGUGUUCGCCGCCACUUGCUCCUUGCUCCUGUCUUGGCCACCAGUCCCUGUGCAAUCCCAAUGAAUGACUCGUGUCAUCCCUUCACUUCGACUGCGUCUCUUCUCAUGUCUUGUCGUCACUACAUUGUUGCUGCUGUUUUCUUCGACAUGCUCUCGUCAUUCCUCGUUUGUCACCCCUCUACACCAAUGCUGCGCAAACAUCGUGGCUACCGCAACUGAUACCGUCCGCGUCAUGUCUUCUGCUACUCUGCUGUACCCUGCCUUGUCCAUCUCUCCCUCUCCUCCCUUCUUCGACCUCGCCCCCUCCCCCCUCAACACCACAAACCACGCACCACCAGAUUGUGCAACUGCUGUCCUCGGAUGGAGAUGACUUUGAUGUACAGGUGCGCGCUCUGAACCAGAUGAAGGUCGACGAGCCGCUCAAACAACGCGUCUUGCAAGCACUACAGGCACAGACAGACACUCCAGCGCACUUGCGCACAGAUGCAAAUGCCUUGCCGUGAAGACACAGGUCUCAAUCAACACUUGAACACGCAUUAAACGCUCGUAUCGAGGCA